UGCUGGCGGGCGCAUGCGCAGCAGCCCUCUCCUCCUGACAGUGACCUCAGCCUCCGCAGCGGCUCAGCGCCUGGACCGGACCGGACCGAACCGGGAGCGCCCCACGCCCAGCGAUGGCCGCGCUUUUCGGGAGGAUUUUCGUGGGCAUUUACGUGGAGAUCAAGCGAAGUGACGGACGGAUCCACCAGGCCAUGGUCACCUCCCUGCACGAGGACAACGACAGCGUGACGGUGGAGUGGAUCGAGAACGGGGACACCAAAGGGAAGGAGAUCGACCUGGAAAGUGUCUUCGCCCUCAAUCCUGAUUUAGCUCCCGAGGAGGAGGUCCCACAGAGUCCAGACCCUCCUCUUCCUCCCUCCAGUGCCUCAAAGAUCAGCAGAGUCCCAAAGUCCAAACGGGCCACUGCCAUACCGAAGCCCGAAAGCGCCCCCAGGGAGAACAGAGCUGCAGCAGUUGGAACCACCAGGGCUCGUCCAAGCCAGCACAGCCAGGCCACGGAGCCCCCGCCCCCCUCCAUCGCUCCUCCACCUGGAGCCAACCAGCAGCUGCAGUCGCUGCAAAACGGUCAGUCGCAGAACGCUCGCAGGAAGUCCAACUGCGUGAAGGAGGUGGAGAAGCUGCAGGAGAAACGAGAGAAGAGACGUCUGCAGCAGCAGGAGCUGAGAGAGAAGAGAGCUCAGGAAGUGGAUGUAAACUUACCCAACUACGAGAUCAUGUGCAUGAUCCGAGACUUCAGAGCCAGUCUGGACUACAGACCUUUGACCUCGAAUGACCUGAUCGAGGAGCACAGGAUAUGCGUGUGCGUUCGCGCACGACCCCUAAACAAAAAAGAAAUCUCAGUGAAGGAUCUGGACGUGAUCACCAUUCCCAGCAAAGACGUGGUCAUGGUCCACGAGCCCAAGCAGAAGGUCGACCUGACCCGCUACCUGGAGAACCAGACCUUCCGUUUCGACUACGCCUUCGACGAGAACUCCACCAACGAAAUGGUUUACAGGUUCACGGCUCAGCCGCUGGUGGAGACCAUUUUCGAGAGGGGGAUGGCGACCUGCUUCGCGUACGGGCAGACAGGAAGUGGAAAAACUCACACGAUGGGAGGAGAUUUUUCUGGAAAGAACCAGGACUGCUCCAAAGGCAUCUACGCGCUGUCAGCCAGAGACGUCUUCCUCAUGCUGAAGAAGCCGGUUUAUAAAAAACUGGACCUCCAGGUUUUUGCAACGUUCUUUGAGAUCUACAGCGGAAAGGUGUUCGACCUGCUCAACCACAAAGCGAAGCUACGCGUCCUGGAGGACGGGAAGCAGCAGGUGCAGGUGGUGGGGCUGCAGGAGAGGGAGGUGAAGUGCACGGAGGACGUCCUCAAACUCAUCGAGAUGGGAAACAGCUGCAGGACCUCGGGUCAGACGUCGGCCAACGCCCACUCGUCUCGGAGCCACGCCGUUUUCCAGAUCAUCCUCCGCCGGCGCGGGAAGAUGCACGGGAAGUUUUCCCUCAUCGACCUGGCAGGGAACGAGAGGGGGGCCGACACGUCCAGCGCCGACCGGCAGACUCGCCUCGAAGGAGCCGAAAUCAACAAGAGCCUGCUGGCGCUGAAGGAGUGCAUCCGAGCCCUGGGCAGAAACAAACCCCACACUCCGUUCAGAGCCAGCAAGUUAACUCAGGUGCUGCGGGACUCGUUCAUAGGAGAAAACUCCAGAACGUGUAUGAUUGCAACCGUCUCGCCUGGAAUGGCGUCCUGUGAAAACACCCUGAACACGCUCAGAUACGCCAACAGAGUGAAGGAGUUUGGGAUAAGCCCCUCCGACAUCCCCUUCUCCCAGAGCGGCGGUGGGGGAGGCCGAUCCGAGCUCUCUCCGACUUACAAAAGUGCGGACCCGUCUUUCAUUUUCGGGACGACAUCUUCCUCGUUCGGUAUGAACGAGCUCUCCAUGGAUCCUGCGGCGGUGCUGGACUUCCACCAGGGGGGGCACAUCACCCAGCUGGAGGUUCUGGAGGCCCAGUGGGGCGUGGGCAGCUCACCGCAGAGAGACGACCUGAAGCUGCUCUGCGAACAGAACGAGGAGGAAGUUUCCCCACAGCUCUUCAACUUCCAUGAAGCCGUGUCCCAGCUGGUGGAGAUGGAGGAGCAGGUGCUGGAGGACCACAGAGCCGUUUUCCAGGAAUCCAUCCGCUGGCUGGAAGACGAGAAGGUGCUUUUAGAAAUGACGGAGGAGGUCGACUACGACGUGGAAUCCUACGCCACUCAGCUGGAGCAGAUUCUGGAUCAGAAGAUCGACAUUCUAACCGAGUUGAGAGAUAAAGUCAAAUCUUUCCGCUGCACGCUCCAGGAAGAGGAACAAGCCAGCAAACAGAUAACGCCCAAAAGGCCGCGGGCGCUAUAGAAGAGGCCAGGUUUCCUGAUUCGGCUGCAUUCAAAGCUGCUGGGAUUUUACAACUUCACUGUCCGUCCGCUUGAUUUCCCAUCAUCACCCUGUGAUACCAAAGAGCCGACCGACCUCCGUCGCUCUUUCCAUCCCGCAUCUACAUGGUUUUGCGUGUUCAGUCACAAGUGCUUCAAAACAAAAA